AUGACCCUCUUCCCUCCCUUCUUCGGACCCUUUUGUUCAUUCCGAUCCAAUUUACUAUGGACAAGGCGGAGGUUCAGCCAAACCACCGACAACUCCGCCAACCUGCAUUUCUCAGACACCUCACGUCUGGUACCUCCAACGCCUGACCUACCGACCUCUGAGUCACCCCGUCGGCUGAGCCAAUCGGGCAAAGCUGGACCCGGCGGAGUCGAGAUGGGGCCGGCGAGAACAGGCCGACAAGAGACUGACGAAGACAGGGAACAGGCGGAGACAGAUGACAUCAUAGACGGCCGUGGGAACGACGAUAGAAUGCGGCGAGCAGAGGCUGAUGUUAUUCGAGAAAAGAAGACUCUCUUGUCGGCCAAAGAGCGAUGGCAUUAUGCGUUUACUCGAGUUUGCAGCCGCCUGAAUGAGGUAACUAUCAUUUCUUUUAUUGCUUUUUCUUGA